UGUCAAACGACUGCAAGUGUGUUGUUCGUGUGCUGGAAAGGACGGUGGAAAAGUGCCAACACAGAGGUGAAAACUUUGCAAUUUACUCGUAAUUUUUGCUUAAAAAUGGUAGAAUCUAAGCCUGAUAAGUCGGAAAACAAGGAGAAUCAAAAUCCGGAGAUGGAUGUUGAUGAGGCCGAGGACGCUCCAACCAAGGUUUUCAAUAUUGAAAUCUUGCGAGUGAUCAAAGAUUUACAGCAGCAACAUGGUCUUCGCCACGGAGACUAUCAACGCUACCGUGGCUAUUGCUCUCGGCGUGUUAAACGUCUCAGAAAAACGCUCAAUUUGCCUCAGGGCGAUAAGCGCCACUACCGGAAGCGUGAUGUGACAAUGGCUAACCUGGAGAAGGACAACUCGGACGAACGUAUAAUUCAUAUUCCAUUGAUGCUUGCCGAGCGGGCAUGGGCCUACGCGAUGCAGUUGCGCCAGGAGGCAAACACAGAACCAAGAAAGCGGUUUCAUUUGGUAGGAAAGUUGCGCAAGUCAACGGUUUAUGCGCUGCAGCUGCAGGAUCUUUGCAGUUCGGACUAUUGUGAUGCCCGGACUAAACUGGAGGCGGAAGCAUAUUCUGCCUGGAUCCAUGGCUCGUUACAUUUUGAGCUAUCGCUGUGGAAGAGUGCCGCGGAGAACCUGAAGAAGGCACAGGUGAUUUACGAGAAUCUUGCUGAAGCGCUUCCGGAAGAGGAACAAGCUAUCUAUAAGGCUAAGGUUGAUGAGCUGACUCCGAGCUUACGCUAUUGUGCGUACAAUAUUGGUGAGAAUGCUUCGAUGAAUGACCUUUUGGAAAUGCGCGGUCAAGGAAUGUUUGACAAUUUGAGCACUUUGGUUGCUCAGACAAAAACGGAAAGUAUGGAGGCAUUUCAGACUACUGAAUGGCGUGGUAGGAAGGUUACAGUUCGCCCGGAGAAGGUUCGUUUGUUUUUGCUUAGCAUUCAGGAGUUGGCCAAAAGCAUUGAAAAGGUCAAGGGUUUUCCGGCUAAAAUUGAACUGUUGGAGAAUGUUUUGAUGGACUGCAAGGAUGCUAUUUCGGCCAUCAAGGAUGAAAUCAAGCAAGAUCCGAAGUUGCGUUCGAGCAGUGAAAGUGGAACGAUGACGGCAACUCAAUAUUUACUGACUUAUUUGUCCUAUACACGAUUGAAGCUGACUUUGGAGAGAAACCUGUUUCUGGUUGCACAAGGCAAGUUGAGCUUGGAUGAUCCGAAUAUUUCCGACAAAGCUUUGAUUGAGGGGAAGAAGACGAAACCGCAAGAUUUGUCACGUUUGUACGAAAUCAUUUUGCAGAAUAUUUCCGAGAUGCAGCAGCUAGCAGGAAUGGAAUCGGAUGCGUUGUACCAAUCAGAAAUUGAGACCCUUAGUCUUUCGUUCAAAUCAUUCCGGUGCUAUUAUAUUGCUAUCACUUUGAUCGCUUUGAAGCGUUGGCGUGAGGCCGUGGCCAUGUACGAGCGGUCCACGAAGUAUGCCACAGAGGCCAUUGCUUCGAAGGCUAUCAGCACCGAUUUUGAUUUACGAACAGAGCUCAAACAACUUGUUCAAACAAUUGAAGGCUGCAGAUUUUCAGCCCAUGCCCAGAGUGUGCUGGAGGACGACACCAGUGAGGAAUCGGUUCUCUAUGGUAAGAGUGCGAAAAAUUCCAAGCCUCUGUUCGAGCGAUUGUCUACGUACAAAGAGGAUGCGUCGUUGAAUUCCCGUAAUCCGAAUGUGUUCAAACUAACCCCGGAGAUGCAGCCGAUACCAGCGAAGCCACUUUUCUUCGAUUUAGCCUUGAACUUUGUCGAAUUUCCUUCACUGGACGAUAAGGUCGAACAGAAGGGAGGAGCAAAACAGACCGCCGGUAUGUCCGGUUUCGUUAAGGGGUUGUUUGGCUGGGGUGGAAGCGGCGGAAAGUAAGGUAUUACGAUUCGGAAGAAUUUAUUGCGACUGCAGUCGAGCAUUUUGUUUUUUUCCUAAUAUAUGCGUAAAAAUGGUAAA